GUAACUCUUUGGAAUUAGCGACCUUUUCCACCUGUGCUACCAGAUAAAAGACGUAACUCUUUGGAAGUGGCGUUCUUCUCCACCUGUGCUACCAGAUAAAAGACGUAACUCUUUGGAAGUGGCGUUCUUCUCCACCUGUGCUACCAGAUAAAAGACGUAACUCUUUGGAAUUAGCGACCUGUGCUACCUUUGCAUAUUUGUCCUCCAAGACUUUCUCCACAAGUGUCACGAUGAAUCAGCCAGUUGUUGCCAGUUUCACCUUUGUUUAAUCAGCAUACACGUGACGUUAUGAUCAUCUUUGAAAUGGAAGGAAAUUAAAAGAUUGCCAGAUGAAACUUACAACUCCUUAGUUUUGUUUCGCCCACACGAUAACAAAAUGUUGACUAGUUUGUGUGUUGUUAUGGUGAUACUAUACACCGUCGUAACAACGAACGCGGUCAGUGUCUCUUAUGACGAAAUAAGUAAAGUGAGCAGUUACUGCUUCUCCACGCAUACGUGUUUGUCAAAAAUUAUGGGGCCAACAGAUAACGAUACACUAAGUUGUGCGUGUGACAGUGAAUGCACGGAGUAUAACGACUGUUGUUUUGAUGCUCAACCUGAUAAUCAACAAAACUUUACAAACCAAUGGUAUUGUGUUACUUUAGGAACAUUUGAUGGUGUAUAUGUUAAAGCUUCCUGUAAAUCACAGUGGUCUGGAAGUGAAACGUUCCGUAAAAAAUGUGAAGAAGUUACCCUAUCGGAUGUUCAGGAUGAUCCAGUAGGUCAACUUCCGGUCACCAGCCCUACCACUGGAAUCUCAUAUCGUAACCACUACUGCGCCCUCUGCAACAACGACACUAGUCGUGACAUGCAACUGUGGAAGAUACGACUAGAGUGUCCAUCGUUAUACUUCUAUAACCAAUCUCGACAGAACCUAACGAAAGACUACGUGUUCGACAACCUACAAUAUAAUGGGUCUCGAUGGGGUGUCUGGCUGUACGACGAUGACAGGGAACUGUACUUCUACACUUGUGAUAUCUUUCCUAUGUUGCCUGAUCAAUUAAAUCUCAGAGAAUGUGUUCCUAAUCUGAUUUCAGAAUGUGCAAGAAAUUGGAACAGAUCUGACGUCGAAGAUAAAUGUAGAUCUUAUACAGCUGUGUUAUAUGAACCAGUUAGAGCCUAUAAGAAUGGUCACUGCGCCCUCUGUAAUUAUGUAAACGGAUUAAAACUCGGUUGUUCACAACCCGAAACACGAAUUCACAACCGAGGUUUUAUUCCUCGAUCUUUCUCUGUUCUGCUUGAUGUUAAUGCUCAUUCGGGUAACGUGGUGGGCAAAAAAAUCCGGUGUAAAAACGAUGAACACUUUGAUCCAUUGUUCAAAAAGUGCCGAAAUAUUGUUUGUGGUUUUCUUGGGUUCGAGCCUAGAAAUGGUCGAUGUGUAGAGAUAGAAACAACAACUGCUAAAGAAAUAUCGAACAACCUGGUCACUGAAUCUGACCAAACCGAUGUACCUGACAUGUAUGAUCGUAACCCUCUUCUGAGAAUAAUUAAUUUAAAUGGCGGCGAUUCAGCUUUUACAAACGUCUCUGUAUUAUUACAGAACGGGUCUUACGUUUUAUAUUCGACUACCGCAAAGACUUCGGAUGCUGACUCUCAGAACCAAUCAACCAUCUACAAUCUGGACUUUCUGCAGUGUCCAAAAAUUUCCCUCAACGAAGGCGAAUACGUUAUUCUAAACAACCAAAGCGUAUACAUACCAGAGUAUGAUCAACUCUACAAUAAAUCCGUUUAUUUUUUUAAAGAAGGCAGAGUCUUCAUUUGUGCCAAUUUUCUAAACCAAACAUCAGAUUACGGAGAAAAGUUUUCCGUUUACAUGGGUUACACCUCCAUUGUAGGUCUUGGAAUUUCAAUCGUCUGCCUUAUUUUUCAUAUUUCAAUAUUCUUCCUGGUUCCUGACCUACAUAAUUUAUCUGGAAAAAACCUAGCAUCCUUAGCCACUUCACUUUUGUCUGCUUAUUGCUGUUUCAUCAUUGGACAUGUCCACUCCCUAUCUUCUUCAGCAUGUGCUGUUGUUGGAACUCUCACGUUUUAUUUCUUCCUCGCUUCCUUUUUAUGGAUGAGUGUACUGGCCUUUGAUGUGUGGAGGUCUCUUUUGAGAGCAACUCGAGAACUCCGAGUUUCGAAAGGAAGACAGUGGCGGAGGUUCCUGGGCUAUUCUCUUUAUUCUUGGUUGACUCCGGUGAUUUUAGUAGUAGUGACAGUCGUAAUUGAACAGCAGGAGAACGUAUCAAAUGAAUAUAAACCAGGAUUUGGACUCUAUCAUUGUUGGUUUGGUCACAAGAAAGCUUUGUCUUUGUUCUUUGUUACCCCUUUAGGUACAGUGAUGUUUAUGAACGUAGUGUUCUUUAUCUGUAGUGCUAGGAUAAUUGUCAAUACGUCAUCUGACGUAACUAAUAACCAAACUAAGUCAUCUAGACAGAACUUUCGUCUGUAUUCAAAACUGGCUCUUCUAACAGGUCUCACCUGGAUUGUGGGUCUUCUUGCUGGAUACCUUGAUUAUGAAAGUCUAUGGUACAUUUUUGUUUUGUUAAAUACUUUACAAGGGCUCUUCAUUUUUGUUUCUUUCUCUUGCACCAGAAAGGUUCGAACAUCUCUGCAAGUAAAACUCAGAUCUGUAAUUUCAAAAUCAGCAUUUAACAGGACCCACAUCAAUACCACAGGGUCGGGGUCCAACUCUUUGACUGCGGAACACCCACACGAGAACAACCGCAAAAUAUCGUCAGACAGAAACGUAACUUGCACCCAUUUUAUUGGAUCUUCUACUAUGACGUCAAGUACAACCAAUAUUACUUCUUCGUGCUAACUUUUUGUUAACGAACUAUAUGAGAGUUGACGAGAGAUAAGAAUGUAUUGGUACAAAUAUUAUCAAUACAACUUCUUGCGCAACUAGCUUAGAUAUCAAGUGCAUCAAGUCAUUUCUGAUUUAUUAUUCAGACCAAGUAAUGAAAGCUAUUUAUUAACUGCUUUUGGGCAGCUGUUGGAUUAAUAAUGCUUUCGAAACGUUAUGAUAUUGUCAAUUAUCAAAUCCACAUGAUCCACUUUAAUAUUACAUUUAUUAUUUAAAUUUUGAAGUGUUCUUAACGUAAAAAAAGUGUGGAUUAUUAGUAUUAAAUAUCACUUAAUUUAUUCAUAAUCUCACUGGCUCAGUUAUAUCUACUGUUUCUCGUCUUGAAGAUUUUGGUAAAAUCUUAGCUUCACCAUAAGUCACUGACUUUGUUUGCAUUUCGAGGACUAACUGUACUAGCCGUUCCUAAUGUACCAGUGAAAGACUUAGAGGGAAGGCAGCUAGUCAUCGCCACCCACCGCCAACUGUUGGGCUACACUGUUUACAAUGAAUAGUGCCAUUGACCGUAACAUUAUAACACCAACCAGGAUGUUUGGCGGGAUGGGGAUUCGAACCCGCAAACUUCGGAUUUCGAGUCAAGCCGAGCCCACUGAGUUAAACAACUUAUGGGAAAUUUACCCUUUAUAUUCUGAACGUAGGCAAGUCUACGAAUUGCGCCUGUGGUUUAUGUAUUUACUAUUGUACAAUAUUAACCACAAGUAAUCUAAAUACAUAUUUAUUUAUUGUUAUAAACCGUCUGUUUAUUAUUGAUGUUGUAAUAUUCUUAACCUUCAUGUAUUUCUUGUAUUGUUGCUGUGGUUUAUUAUUGUUAUAAUCCAUAUAAUUCUUAUUGAUAUUGUAAAUUUCUUACCCUUUACGCACUUAUUGUACAAUUACUGUGGUUUAUUAUUGUUAUAAACCGUCGCACCAUUAUUGAUAUUGUAAUUUUCUUACCCUUUACGCACUUAUCGUACAAUUACUGUGGUUUAUCAUUGUUAUAAACCGUCGCACCAUUAUUGAUAUUGUAAUUUUCUUACCUUUUACGCACUUAUCGUACAAUUACUGUGAUUUAUUAUUGUUAUAAACCGUCGCACCAUUAUUUAUAUUGUAAUUUUCUCAACCUUCACGUAUUUCUUGUAUAAUUACUAUGAUUUAUUAUUGUUGUAAACCGUCUAGAUUAAACUAAACCUAUAUUAAACUAAGCCUAUAGAUAUUGUAAAUAAAGUUAUUUGCUUCGAUGGUAUUAUUUACGUUUUUUGAACAGAUCUUGUGAUAAAAAUUGUGUAAUUUAUAUACAUAAUUAUUG